CUUUAAGUUUGACACCCUGAAACACACGAGCGCGGCCAUUCGCGGUGCUUUCGCGUGUCUGCAAUGCGCCGUCUCGGCCAUUAAACCGAUGCACAUCUUGACUUGAUUUCCCUCCCCAAGUUUGGCUCGCUCAAGCUGAGGCUCCAGGAGGGGAGGGAAUAAAAAAGGGGGAAACAUUCUCCCGCAAAGAAAGCAACCUUCCAUCUCCGUAGCGGCUGAGGUGUAACGCGCGGCAACUUCCCCUGUUGUGCAACCAUCAAGAGGCUCUUGGGGGGGCUAUAAGACCCCCAUCCCCAUCUGGUUUCUUCAGCGCCUCAAAUCUGCUCCCUUUGCUCACGCCCAGACACAGACCGAGAGGAGUGACACAGUCCAGCACACUCUGCUGCGCACAGUUCUCUUAGAAGGGUCGGGGCGACGUUUGUCAAGAUAUGGAGCUCGGCCAAAAGGAGCAGUGAAAAACGCUCGGCUUUUACCGCUGGAUACCCGGUCACUUCAGCCGACCUUGGAAAUCGGAAAGAAGUUGAAGUCAAAGUCUUUUGACACGGGGGAACAUCCAGUUCCAUGAUGGCGAUCCCGAGUGGCCUCUUCGCUUCCAACUCCACAUCCGCCCCCUCUUCAGCGUCAGAGGUCUAUGGGAACGUCUCCUCGGUUCCUACGGCUCCCCUCUGCCCAGACUGGCUCCCUGUGCCCAUGACGACAGUCAUCCCCGCCAUCUACAGCGUCAUCUGUGUGCUGGGUACGCUGGGCAACGCCUUGGCGGUAUACGUGUUGGCGUGUGGCAAUCCCUUGACGAGAACGGUGGCCAACACCUUCAUGCUGAACCUGUGCGUCUCCGACCUGCUGUUCCUGCUGUCUCUUCCCUUCUGGGCCAGCUACUACUCCCGGGGCUACAGCUGGCACUUUGGCCAAGUGGCUUGCAAAAUCUGCGGCGCUCUCCUUCACCUCAACCUCUACGCAUCCAUCUUCUUCAUCACGUGCAUGAGCGUCGACCGCUACCUAGCCAUCGUGCAUCCCUUCCUCUCGCAGAGGUCGCGGGAUUGCGAGCGUGCCCGGAUCGUGUGCGUCCUCGUGUGGGUCCUGGCGUUCGCUUGCUCAGCCCCUAACUUGGCGUUAAGGGACCUUCACCAUCUUAAAGAGCUCAACGUCACGGCUUGCGUGAUUUCAUACCCGGACCAUAACUGGUUGCUGACCCUGAACUGGAUGAAGGUCAUUCUGGGGUUCCUGCUGCCACUGCUUGGCAUCUCUUGUUGCUAUGGUGCCAUUGGGAGACAUUUGUUGGCGUACAGAGGGCCGGCGCGACUGCAGAACUCACCACUUCGUCAAGAGGGCUGUUUUAGAUCAGAGCAAACACAAACUCCUUCGGUUUGCCAAAACUCCUGCACGGCCAGACCCACCAUGGCCCAGGGGGUGGAGAGGAUUUUGUGGACAGUAGGUGCUGUGGUCAUGGCCUUCUUUCUCUGCUGGUUCCCCUUUCAUUGUGUGACCUUUUUAAACAUUUUGCAUGAAGUCGGAUGGCUGGACAGCUGCUGGGUAACCUGGACCAUCAGAAACCUGACCCCACUCACCCUUUGCCUCGGCUUCUCUAACUCCGCCAUCAAUCCCGUGCUCUACUGCUUCGUCGGUAACCAUUUCCGGGGCCGUCUCGGGGAUCUCUGCAAAGGCCUGUGUGCUUGUUUGAAAGCCCAUGGGGAGCAACACAGUGGGAAAAGAGACUCUUUCAGCACCAGGCUGAGCUCCUUCUCUAGGAAACUGAGUGACCUUAAAGACCUGGCGAUCGUGGAUACCUCAGUUUCCCCGUAACAGACCUGCUCCACCCAGCACUGGGAUGCAUUCUUCCCUCCUCUGGCUUCGCAUUCCAACGUAUUAAUCUGAAAUUAAACUCCGGGGCUUACUGAAGCCAAAAGACUUUGAGGAGCUCUGUUUUUUGUAAUACAUGAUAUCUGAGAUGAGAUGUUUCUGAGAGGAGAGGUAAAAUAACAUGACAUACAUAUUUUAACAGAGCUAAGCGGCUAUAGGUGGUUCCAGGUUUCAGGGGCUACAGUGUGGUACAAAAUCAGCAGACAUGACAAACCACAAAACUGAGCCCGGAAACAACCCAGAAAUGUAAGAACCGCAAACUGCUGUGUUGUACGCUUCCUGGAAUUUUCACAUUUGUUUCAUGAUGAUGUUUCAUACGCUAAAGCAAACAGCAAAAAUACUGAAUGCAGUUUAAUGUGAGUUAAUUGUUGUGUGUGUGUGUGUGUGUGUGUGUGUGUGUGUGUGUGUGUGUGUGUGUGUGUGUGUGUGUGUGUGUGUGUCAGUGUGUGUGUGUGAAUAUGGUCAAACCAAAAUUAGAUUAGUUGCCAGAUUUGACCAGCAAACCGAUUAACCUGGCAUCCCAAUAUGUCUUGCAAUGUUAUUGUGUAUUCACCACAAAUCAUAUUGUUGUAUCACUUCCUAUAGACAAGUUUGUUCAAGAAAUAAAGGGAACAAGUAUUCAUCAAAUCAA